AUGAAAAUUCAAACAACUGAAUUUAAUUUGUUAGGUCGGUGCGACCUACGCAAAUAUUCUGUUAUUGUACCUGGCUCUGAUUUCUUCUUUCAGACCAACUUUUACUUGAAUCAUGAAACGGUGACGUGCAAAGUAUGCGACCUAGGUCAAGAGGCCAAGUACAGCUGCACUAACUGUGGUCACAUGUGUGCCCAGUGCCAACGGUAUCACGACAAGUUUACCUCCGGUCACCAAGUGACACCUCUGACCCCUAGCUGCGAGCAGUCUGUUCAAAGCAGCAUAGACCCUACAUAUAAAGCAACAAUUGAACAACACCUCAAGGCGCUGGAUGCCUCGCUAAUGACGAUGAGGGAGGAGGAGGAGACUCUGCAGCGGGAGAUGAAAGCGGUGGCUGACGUCAUCAGUAGACGCGCAGACGACCUGAAGGCGCUGGUGAUGCAAGCGGAGGAGAGAGGUCAGAGGGCGCUGGCUGAAGUUGCCGAAAAGCUGGACAAAAAGAUACAAGAAGACAUCGUUACUAACCGUGAAAAGUACAGCAGAAUAUCGCUUCUGUCUGAGCAAGAGAGCAGGGAAGGGAAAAACGCAAUCUCUCUGAAUGAUGUGCAGGCACUCCUCAGUGAUGACGACCUUCGGCAUUGUCAGCAACGAAAACGAGACCAGAAUCAAUUUUUAAUUCCUGAAUUCGACGAAUCGGCCAUUGAUAUGAAGGGUGUGGAGGCCUAUGUAGGAAGUGUGUGUGACGGUACUCAGCUUCCAGGGGAGACAAACUUCAACCGAUUUACGGUUCCUGUCUGUGGCGAGGGCGAGUCUGUAGUAAAGACUGAAAGUGAGACUCGUGUCAAGUCAUUAAGAUUCGACAUAGUUCAUCUGGAAUCUGAAAUGUCAUAUGUGAAACGCAAGUUGUCAGCAAUGCAGACAUGUAUUGACAACUUGCCUGAGGAGACACCCAAUGAGGUGUUGGAGAAAGAGUUAGGGAUUCUUAAGACAAAGCUUUGUUAUGUAGAGGAGGGCAAGUUACAGACAGAGCGACACAUCGCCACCAUUCAGAAAGAUCUUGAAACGUUCAAGAGAAACAUUUCAACUAAUGUAGAGGACAAGUUAAAGACCGAACAACACAUCCUGACCAUUCAGAAAGAUCUUGAAAUGUUUAAGAGAAACAUUUCAACUAAUGUAGAGGAGGACAAGUUACAGACAGAACAACACAUCAGCACCAUUCAGAAAGAUAUUGAAACGUUCAAGAGAAACAUUUCAACUAAUGUAGAGGAGAACAAUUUACAGACUGAACAACACAUCAGCACCAUUCACGAAGAUCUUGAAAAGUUCAAGAGAAACAUUUCAGCUAAUGUAGAGGAGGACAAGUUAAAGACAGAGCAACACAACCUCAUCAUUCAGAAAGAUCUUGAAAUGUUUAAGAGAAACAUUUCAACUAAUGUAGAGGAGGAUAAGUUACAGACAGAACAACACAUCGGCACCAUUCAGAAAGAUCUUGAAACGGUCAAGAGAGAAAUUUCAACUAUCAUUGAAUGCAUGGCUGACAUUAAGCAGGAAGUAAAAAACUUUAGGGGAAAUAACUCUCCCAUACAGACGGACAUUGACAAACUUAAGCACGAGAUUGAGGCCACAAAAAGAGAGAACGACAGAGUCCAGAAGGACUAUGACACACUUAGCCGUGAUUUGUUGGCUGUGAAAGGAAAAUGCAGCACAAUGGUGGCUUUCCAUGCUACACUCAGGAGCGACGCGUCUUUUCCAAGUCCACGCCGCAUCGUCAUGGACGGCUGUCUGACGAACGUGGGUGAGGCCUACAACCCACAGAAUGGCUUUUUCACCGCUCCUGUCGCAGGUGUCUACCUGUUUGUGGCCACAGCGCUCAGGUGCGAAGGGCGGGGAAGGGCGUCGCUUCGGCUCUGUUCGGAUAAUUUUAACAGCGGCUACUCACAGUCACACGAAGGCAGCGAUAAGCUGGGAGUGAACUGUAUUUCACACGUGACUGUGAAGCUGUCUGCGCGGCAAAGGGUGUGGCUGGAGGCGUGGAGCGUCACAGACUUACUGUCUGAGUGUACGUCAUUCAGUGGUGUGCUGGUGCAACCAGAAAUAUGACGUCAUUCAGGAGUGUGCUGGUGCAACUCAGAAAUGCGACAUCAUUGAUCGGUGUGUGGUAGACAAGGAACGGCAACCCAAGCGAUUCAAGCUGCUUACUAUGUAGCCUCCCUUUUGCGUCUAUGCAUCUGCUUUUGUUUCUUGUGCUCCUAAUUUGAAAAUAUGAAAAAAUAUUACGCUUAUAACUAAGAUAUAUUUUUAUUAUACUCAGUAUCGCUGUCUUAAAAAAGUAGUGUAAUGCAAUUAUCACAACGGGAUUUCACUUUGCUGAGACUCUGUUGAAAGUGAUGAGAAGUAGGUGAUCAGUUUACUGUUGUAGACUGUUAGAGAAUGAGCCCAGGUCUCUAAGAUCUCAUUAAAUAAACCAAUCUUUUCUCGUCAUUAACGACCAUACAGUUCAUUGUUAGAACUGACUAGUAUCUUGUACUAAUGUUAUUAAACCUGUGUUGUAAAUGAAUUUAAUCGGUACGAUCAAACACUUGACUGUUUACACAACUUGCUUCAAGUCUAUUAACUUUAUACACGGCGUACUGAAACCAUGGUGGCCUUGAUAGUGGGAUUAAUUGUCAGAACACAAAUGAUACUUAAUGUUACCUUGUUCACAUUAUGGGUUAUGUAUUAUUUGGUGGUUAAGAGAGUAGAUCUUACUUGUUUUGUGUGAAAUUGCCACAUUCGCUUCACAUCAAAUACCGUUAUGCCAUGUUAUUUUAUUUUCAUUAUCAGUGUAUGAGUUAUGCUAUGAAAAAGUGGCUUAUGGACUAAAAAUAUUUGCGCAACAAGAAAAGAGAGAUAGAAAUAUCUAUAUCAGUCUACUAUUUAACAUUGCUUCUACAACUGCAGGUAGUAGUAGUCGAUGAUGCACUUUCUUGUAAAUAUAUUACUAUAAAUAUAGUUAUUACACAGUUUAUAUCAUGACUUACGCUCACAAAUUAUUAUUUCAAUAACUUGCCAUGUCUUUGUGUGCGGAUAGGGGCCGUAAUCCUACGCUGCGCGUGUUUAGUCACGAUUUGUCCUCCUUGUUUGAAAAACAAACCCUCAAUCGGUGAGUGUGGUAGUCUGUAGCGGGGGUAGACUGCACUACUUAAAUCCCUUUUAUGAAGGAGAGGUUUCUCCUUACCCUUACAUGUCUGAGUACAAGGCAAGCAUUUUGUCACCAUGAGGAACGCACAAGUGUUGCCAGGUCUCAUCUGGUUUCGAGUUACAGAACAAGUAAUAAAACCAGUAACUGAAUUUAAACCUCUCAUUCUAUUUAAUUCCUUUUUUAUAACUAUGGUCUACACUUUUUGUAGCACAGUUUAUUUUAAGGCCGCUCAUAUUGCUUAUUUCUUUGCGUUUACUCUUUC